AUGAAGUGGUGGCAAACGAUAUUCUUCUUCAAGUACUCGCUGUUGUUAAAUCUCCAUAUCAGAUUUGUAGAAACACUACAGGAAGAUGUUGCUUUCACAUACAAUGGCUUUCAAGGAGUUGACCUGAGCUUGGGCGGCAUAGCAAACAUUACAGACAAUGGCCUCCUAACAUUAGCAAACACCAGUUCACAAGAAAUGGGUCAUGCCUUCUACCCCCAUCUAAUUCACUUAAGAAAUUCAUCAACCGGUACUGCUCUGUCCUUCUCCACUACUUUUGUAUUUGCCAUGUUCUCUGAGUUAACAACAACAGGUGGCCCUGGUAUCAUGUUCGUGAUUGUACCCUCCCAAGAGUUCCCAGAAGCUUUGCCCAACUAUUAUUUUGGCAUCUUCAACAUGACCAAUCUAGGCUUAUCAUCAAACCAUGUGAUAGGAUUCGAGUUGGAUACCAUCCAAAUGGAGAAUUUUAAUGAUAUAAAUGGUAACCACGUCAGUAUUGAUAUUAACGACUUGAAAUCUGUUGAAGCUGCUCCAGCAUCUUAUAUUAGUGAUCAAGAGAAUCAGUAUCUGAACCUCAGCCUCAUCAGUGGACAGCCAAUGCAACUCUGGGUGGAAUAUGAUGGUACAAAGAAGCAACUUAAGACAGGCAAAGCAAACCCUAGUGUGGAUGUGUUUGCAUUUGGGGCUUUUUUGCUUGAAGUCGCUUGUGGUAGGAGGCCUAUAGAGCCACAAGCAUCAGAAGACUGUAUUGUAUUGGUGGAAUGUGUGGUCUCAAGUUGGAGUAGGGGAGAGAUUCUUGAAACUGUGGAUCCCAAAUUAGAAAUGAAUUAUGUAGUGGAGGAGAUGGAAUUGGUGUUAAGACUUGGAUUACUUUGCUCUCACUCCAUUCCACCUGCAAGGCCGUCCAUGCGACAGGUUGUGCGGUAUCUGGAGAGAGAGAUUCUACUGCCAACGUUUCUAUCAUUUAGUCGGGACUUCUUUGUGUCCUUAGAGUAUACUAGGAAUGCAAUGAAUCAGUUUUCAUCGAUUGCAGAAUCUCAACUCUCUGGAGGACGUUGA